AUGCGUGCAGCCACAGCUCUGUACGCGACGAUUCUAUGCGUUGCGCUCGCCCAGGCGGCGCCUGGUAGCGGCGCUCCACCACCAGCACUCGCCGCCGAAGGCUCACAACAGUUGUUUUCCCUGCCCAAAACGAGCGGCGCCGGCAAACGCGUUCUUAUCAUUGGAGCUGGUACCGCGGGUGUUGCGGCCUUGAAGGCUCUGCUAGUUGAUCUACCGGAGGAAUCGCGUCGUGACUGGGAGGUCACUGUGUUUGAACAACGAUCCAGUGCUGGAGGUGUCUGGCUGGCCGAUAAUGUCACUCAUCCUGAACCCCCUGAGCUUCCCGACACGCCCUUGUAUCCCGACCUCACCACAAACACGCCCCAUCCUAUUAUGACUAUCCCGCGAUUCCCUUUCCGUCCGGAGACACCCCUCUUCCCCAAGCACACUGCUGUAUGGCAGUAUCACAACGACAUCCUUGCGCACUUUAACCUCACCUCUCACGUGCACUUCGACACCCGCGUCGUCGAGACAAGGUGGCUGGAUAACCGAUGGCUGGUGUACACCGACGACGGAAGCCACACCACCCGUCUUUCGGAGUUUGACAACCUCAUCGUCGCGAAUGGGCAUUUCCACUACCCGCUGGAACCUACGUUCCCAGGACGUACAGAGUGGGAGAAUGCUGCCCCUGGAAGGACCAUCUUCCACUCCAUCUACUUCCGUGACGCCUCAAGUUUCGCGGGCAAGAAUGUCGUUGUCGUCGGUGGAUCCGCCAGCGGGCAGGAUGUAGCAAAACAUGCGCUCAAGUACGCGAACUCGACGACGAUCUCCGUCAAGAGUGUACCCUACCGCGACCGCAAUGCUCCUCUGGACAUCCCAGGUGCAGCCAAAAAGCCAGCGCUCUCGCAUUUCACCGCGAACUCUGUCGUGUUCGAGGACGGAUCCGAGCUUACCGGGAUCGACAUCGUCGUUCUUGCCACUGGCUACGAAGUCCGCAUCCCCUUCUUGACCCAAGGCGACGUGCUCUCCGUAGACGUGCACAGGGACCCAAAGAAGCAGGGCUCCAGCUUGAGCACGAACUUGCGGUACAUCCGCCCCGUGUGGAGACACAUCUUUGCAUUGGACCCCGCGCUGCCGCCCACUGCACUCUCAUUCGUUGGCCUUCCAGUCUUCGUGAACAACGGGCCCAGUAGCUAUGCCACGGGCUUGCUCAUCGCUCACGCUCUUGCGAACCCUAGUCUUCUUCCCACUCAUGAAGAAGCGCUGCGCGAACUAGAGGAACGAGAGGCCGCGUUGCGUGCUGCAGGGUUGGACUCCGAGUACGUCGGCCACCGCCUGAUCGCACUUCCAGGCGAGGAAGAACCCGCCGGAUUGGCUCAUUCCGAUGCUACCAUACGGUACCUGCAGGAGCGCGGCCUCGCUGGUCUCAGCGGUAUCCCUCCGCUGGGACAGAACUACACCGAACCCUGGCGGCGUCGCGCGACCGAAAACGCGUUUGUUCUUCGGCGCGCGUGGCAGCGCAUUAGGGAUGCCGGGGAGGAGCAGAAGUGGGUAUCAGGGGUCUCGACCAUCGAAGAAUGGGAUGAGUUGAUCGGGAGGUUGAUCGAAUGGGAGAAGGAGCAGCAAGGCGACUCGUUCGAUCCGCUGCCCUCGGCGGGCGACUAUGAUUUUGAGUACUACUAG